AUGACCACUGUGUCGUACACGGUGGAGGAGGCGCUUCAAAAUGUGGAUUUGCUGGAAGAAAUGCCGCUGCCGGACGAGCAGCCGAACAUUGAACCCAUGCCCGCCUCGUUGACUUAUUCCGUCAACUUCGACACUCGAUUCGAAGACAGGAGAGCGUAUGUGCUCGGCAGCGCGAGAUACAUCGAAGAAGCAGAAAUGCACGCAGCGAUGCAGAAGAUGCUCGAACAGGGCGAAAAAUACGCGGUUAUGCUUUACACGUGGAGGUCUUGUUCUCGUGCGAUUCCGGCCGUCAAAGCGAACGAGCAGCCAAACAGAACGGAGAUUUACGAAAAGACGGUGGAAGUCCUCGAGCCGGAAAUCAAGAAAUUGCACGCCUUCUACCACUUUACGCAGCAAGCAGUGGAUGAGUUCAUGAAACAAGUGUCAACACUCUGCCAUGUAAAUAAGAAAAACGACUUUGUUUCGGAAGCAUAUCUUUUGACGCUCGGACGGUUUAUGAAUAUGUUCGCAGUUUUGGAUGCGUUGAAGAAUAUUAAAGCUUCGGUGAAGAAUGACUACUCUGCGUACAGAAGAGCGGGGCAGUUUUUGAAGAGAUUUCAAGAUCAACAAGGAAAGGCUCUCUCGCUCUUCCUUGCCUCACACGAUCAAAUCACACAAGAACUGAAAAAGAAGCUCCGCCAAGUUCAAAAUUACGAAGACCUGAUGCUCGACAUCAUCAAUAUCUGCAUGAUUUACUACGAAGAAAAAAGAUAUCUCGUGCCAGAAGACAAGCACAUGCUCUUGAAAGUUAUUGGCUUUGGAUUGAAUAUUUUGGACAAUCCGGACGGUUCUUUGGGAAAAAAGGAGAAGGAGCAAAUGUCGAUUUACAAAAUGGAGAGUAAAAAGAAAAUUGACUUGAAGAAGAUCGACAAGAUUUUCAAAGAACUUCAAGGAAUGGAUAGACAAAAAAUAUCUUACAUUCGCAAAAUGUCCGAUUUCAAGGAAAACGAGUCAAAGUGGACCUGCACGCAGAAAACGUCAACUGUUCAAGAACUACCUCAAUACAGUCUGCCAUAUCAACUCAAAAUCAUUAAACAACAGCAUAUCAAGUUUAUUUCAAAGUUAUCAUUGGUCUCCAAUAGAGCAGUUGUAGCAGGCCCUCCUGCAGGUUCAGGAACGGGAUUUCAGGGGAACGUCUAUAUUCUAACAAAACGCUCGGUAAAUCCCUCCGAAGCAAAUGCAGAUACGAACCACAAGGAAAAAGACGCUAACUCAAAGGAACACUACGACCUCGCUUUGGAAGGAUUGAAGCUUCUGAGUCGGUGGACAGCUACUGUAAUGGAAGUCUACUCGUGGAAACUCGUCAAUCCUUGCGACACAGAAGCUCAAGGCAAUAAAUCGUGCCCCAAAGACGCGGAAGAUUACGAACGAGCAACGAGAUAUAAUUACAACUCUGAGGAAAAAUUCGCGCUCGUCGAGAUUAUUGGAAUGAUCAAGGGUUUGCAAGUGCUGAUGUCCAGAUUGGAGCAGCUUUUCCGACCGUCGAUUUGUCAUCAUGUCUAUGCGGCGAUUCAGAAUUUCGUGCAGAAAGACAUGAGAGAGCCGCUCAGGGCGGCGGCGAAGAAAAAGAGGAUGAAACUGAAGAUUAUUAUAACUUCCAUCAUGUCUACUUGUGCAGAUUAUAAAAAUGGAGAAGCACCAAAGGAUGACCCAGCAUUCACCGGAGCAAAAGAUCCAAAGCAGGGCUACACAGUGCAUGUUCAUCGCCGAAGUGUUGGUCCUAGUUCAACGCAGCUUUACUACGCGCGGCUCAUGGCCGAGGCCCUUUUCAAGGGCACUGAAGAGCGCGCAGAACUGGAGAAAAAAUUGAAAGUGAAACAAGAGGUUUUUGACAAGAUUGAGAAUUUUGUCAAAAAGUCUGUGUUUUACGCAAAAAUGCUCCGUUUCAACGAAACCCUGACGGAGUGCUGCGACUUGUCGCAACUGUGGUUCCGAGAAUACUAUCUCGAACUAACCAUGGGAAAGCGAAUCCAAUUCCCUAUCGAAAUGUCCCUUCCCUGGAUCCUCACCGAUCACGUGCUCGAGUCCAGGAACCCCGGAAUGAUGGAGUUCGUGCUCCAGCCACUCGAUCUUUACUCUGAUUCCGGUCACUUUGCGCUGACGAAGUUCAGGAAGCAAUUUUUAUACGAUGAAAUUGAAGCUGAAGUGAACUUGUGUUUCGAUCAAUUCGUGUUCAAAAUAUCAGAACAGAUCUUUGACCAUUACAAGUGCAGAGCGGCGGCGAUGAUUUUAGACAUGCAAUUUCAAUUAGAGGCGAAUAGAAAACAUCAUCCAAGAGGAAAUCGCUAUGAAACGCUUUUGCAACAGAGACACAUUCAAAUUCUCGGCCGUUCGAUAGAUCUCUGCCGAUUGAUCACCCAACGAGUUACUCAGUAUCUUCAGCAAUCCAUCGCAUAUGCAAUCGAUAAAUUCGAGUCUACAAACCUCACUGGAAUCAUUGAGCUUGAUCACAUGAUAGAACUACUUUCUGAAUACCUUCACCUCGAUCCCUUCAACAAUAUUCUUCACGAAGCAAAUCAAUCCGUCAACGCAAUGGGUCGCAUCACGGGCCACGUGAUCUGGGAAUUAAACUACGACUUUUUACCUAACUUCAACUACAACAAUUCAACAGAGAGAUUCGUCAAGUCUGAAAUGUUAUUUUCCGAAGAGACAAAACUAAAAAGAGAAAAAGCGCCAAAGACUGAAUACAUCCUUGCGUACGGCUCGAAAGAGUUGAACAGAGAUUUCGACAUGAUUCUAUCGCCUUAUUCUGGUUUUAUCGGAAGAGAUCAUUUUAAAAGCAUCGUCAAGCUGCUGGGUUACUCUGGAAUUGCCUGGACAGUGAAAGAAUGCGUCUUAGAAACAUGCAAGUCGCUUAUUCAAAACACAAUUCAUCUUUAUCUUCAAAAUUUCAAGAGAGUGUUUCCCGAUUCAAUCAGAACGCCAAAACUCGACUAUGGAACUGCAGGCGUUUUCCAAUUCUAUCAAAACCAUCUUCGGGAUUUUCUGUCUUACCAGGAGAAAUCAGCAGCGAUUCACUAUUUCCGCGAAGUGGGAAACGCGUUGGUUUUUGUAAUGAUGCUAGAAAGAGCGCUCAAUCAAGAAGAAAUGUAUGACAUGCUACAAUCCGCGCCGUUCAGAAGGCAGUUGCCAAAGUUUCAUCUAAAAGCGGAUGAAAACUAUCAGCAGAAAUAUAAACUCAUGGAAAGAAAAUAUGAAAACUUAGAUGUUGUCUCGCUUUCACAGAAAUAUGGAACAACUGAUAUUCAUCGAGCCGCUGAAGAUGGAGACAUCGUUUCGGGCGAAAGACUUUGCUGUGGACUGAGCUUAUUUGGAUACAUGCUUCGUCAAAUGAAAUCGUAUCUUUCAGAUCCAAUCUGGCGCGGGGAAGGCGGCCCACCAAAUGGCGUCAUGUACAUCGACAAAUGCGCCGAGUUCCAGCGCAUUUGGUCGGGAGUGCAAUGGUUCAUGUGUCUCCGUGAGGGCCAAGGCACUAAAACCGCAGAAGAUAUGUUCGGCGAUGGACCGCAGUUUUGUGCUCUAGCGAUCAUCAAUCUACUCGGCCAAGAAAACCGCUUCAACGCUUUUGACUUUUGUAAUCAUUUUGUCAAAGUUGCGACCCGAGACAAAGAAGAUCGAAAGCAAGCCGUCGAAAGAGUCGAGCAAUACAACAUGAACGAGUUCCUCCAACGGAUCGUUCGCAUCCAAAAGCUCAACACCUCCAUUUCCAACCUUCUCAGUCGAUUUCACUCAAGUUCCGCCGAGGACAACGCCACUGUUCAAAACUUCGCACCACCAACUCACAAAAACUAUCAAAACAUCUAA